CUAGCCACCGGAAUCGGAAGCCUUCUCCACUGGAAAAGCCAGCACUUCGCGACGCCUUGUGCGGCUGGGAGCUCUGCUAAUCGUGACUGUUAUGCAGUUACAUGAAGGCCGUGGGCUCUUCAUGCAUACGUCACGCCAACUAUUUAUAACUCUUCAAUCAUACAGCAUCUUGUUGGAGAAAUCUGUCUUGAGAUAUGCUAUCCAGAGCGUAAGUUUGAGUUUGUUCAACGAUAGCGUCCUAUCAGCAUAUUGAAGUGAGGCAUACCCUCUGAAGCACAUAUCUCCUGCAAUAAUACUUUAUUAUCAAGAUGUCGAUCCCCGGGAGACAAAAUCGUCCAAACAUAAAUGCCGAUAAUUCGGGGCAUGGCUACCAGUACAUUUUCGAAGGCGCAGGAGAUCAGAAUGCGGUAUAUGGUAAUGGCACGAUGGUCAAAUAUCAUCAGCACUUCAAUAUCAGUUUUCCAAAUAGAAGGAAUGGGAAGAUGGGAAUACCACCUUCAGUCGGGCAAUUUCUUCAGAAAUACGGGGGCCCAGAGAACUGGCCACAAGAGCCGAGUGAUGGAAACAUAUUCAAGUGGCUAACAACCCAACCCAACCAAAGCCCACUCAAUUUUAGCCAAUAUCAACGCAACCUCAUUAUUCAGCUCUCUAAGGGUACCGGCAAGUGGAUUCUCAAUUCUGAGGAGUUUCUCAAGUGGAAAGAAGCCUCCGAAGCUUCCAAAUCGGACCGGAUUAUGUGGAUGCAAGGCAUACUUGGAUCUGGCAAAACUAUGCUCCUGUCACUUAUCGUUGAUUUUAUCGAAAAACGGAUCCCAAGUCAAGAUGAAGCUGCUUGCAUUUACUUCUUCUUUCAAGCGGAGAAGCACGCUGUGCCACUCGCACGUAUCUGGGCGACGUUGUUGACACAGCUCUUAAGCGCAAAUACGAGCAACAUAGCAAGUGCAUUGAAGAAGAAAUUCACCGACCCGUUCAAAAGAUCAGCCGCACUUGAUUCGUCCGAAUAUUUUGAUCUGUUUAAGGCACAAGUAGCUACCGUCAAAACAGUUUACCUCGUCAUUGAUGCCUUGGAUAGCUGCCAGAACGCUCCCCGAGAAGCGACGCUAAAGGGUUUCCUAAAAGCUCUCGUCGAACUCCCAGAUAAUGUUCGUAUUCUUUUCACAUCCAGAGACAAUUAUAUAGGGAAAGAUAUCGGAGCAAAUCGAGAGCUAUCCAUCACGCCAAGAGAGGCAGAUGUGUCGACCUAUGUCAAGAAUCGAAUCGCAGAUGAUAGGCGCUUGCGGAGCGUACUGUUUAGGGCUGAACACCAAGAAGAAAUUAUCAAAGGUGUUACGACGAGGGCCAUGUCUAGCAAGAUGUUUUUGUCAGCCAAGCUGCACAUGGAUCAUUUGAGCAAGCAACGAACCACCUUUUUUGACAUAAUGCAGGCUUUGAAUCAUCUCCCCGACAGCGCAUUGGGGGCAUUCAAAACAUUAGCGAAGCAAAUUGCCCAGAAAAUAAAGGCGAAUAAGGCUAAUGGUGAACUUCUGUUAACAAAACAUAUUCUUCUUUGGGUCUCACACACCAAAGUCGACAUGAAUAUUGGGCAGAUACAGGAUAGCUUUGCUAUCCAGAAGAGUAAGGGGAAUUGCUAUGAGGAUCAUCGCCCUACCAAAGAGCUAGUAAUGCGUGAUUGCACUGGAUUGGUCAAAACGGAGAAAGGGACGUUUGGCUUGGUCCAUAAGUCAGUUAAACAGCACCUUCUCCAGUAUGAAAUUAUAUCAAACGAUGCCGACCUCGACAUAGGCAAAACAUGCUUAUACUUUCUGAUCAACACAUGCAAGAAAAAGGAGAGCUCUCCACUGCUACAAUAUGCCGCCAAAUGUUGGUGGUCGCACCUCAACAGUAAAGCUCAGGUGUUCGAUGAGAACACAGACUCAUUGGUUAUGAGGCUCCUCACAGAUGGACCCAAUCUCACCAGAGCUUUUGAGGCAAUGGAAGAGGCAGGAGGCACCGCAUUUAAGGGCAUGACGGGCUGGCACGCUGCCGUGCACUUCGACCUCUUGUCGUGGGCCGAGCGUCUUCCAUCCAAUAUUGAUGUCGACGCUCGAUGUUCAGAUGGCCAGACGGCUUUACACUGGGCAGUCCGAUACGGUCGACGCAAGUUCGUGGAGCUCUUAAUCGGCAAAUCCGCGAGCCUGAACUUACGCGAUCAGGCUGGUGAUACACCCCUCCAUAAGGCCCUCAUGGGGCCAGCUACGGAUAAUGUCGCAAUAAUGGAAGCGCUCAUAAGGGCUGACGCACAAUUGGAUAUUCCAAACGAAAAGGGUGUGUCACCCCUGAAAACAGUCAUCCAAUAUGGGCCUACAUCGAUUGCGAAGUUAAUGAUUGAGAGUCGAAAAGAUGUUGACGCCGAGAUAUCGGACGACUGGACGUUGUUAAGAUACGUUUUCUCUCACGGCCAGCAAAUCUUUGGUGUAGUAGAUCAAGGGGACAUCCAGACAGAGCACGGGGAAUGGAGUCAGUUACAAGUCGCGGUCGAAGACCACGCCCACUUCCUUAUUGAGCUACUGUUAGAGCGAGGCGUGGAUCUUAACCGUCCUUCGACUAAGGAUGGAUGGACACCCCUUGUAUUUGCGGCUAGCAAGGGGGACCUCCUCCUCAUGCGGCGGCUGCUGACUCGGAAGUCUAACCCAGCUCGAGUUGAUUUGCAGGGCCCGGAGAAGAAAACUCCUCUAUGGUGGGCCACACACUAUGGAAUGGCCGGUGCCAUUCAACUGUUAGUCGACUACGGUGCUAACGGGAACGAGACUGGUGGUGACGGCUCGACCCCGUUGCAUGAGGCAGUCAAGAAGAAAAGCAGCAAGCUAGUGCAGCUACUUGCCAGCCUCAAGGCCAACGUUAACACAAAAGUGCGAAACGGGUCAACCUUGUUGAUUGAAUCUAUCAAGCUGAAGGAUCAUGAUACAGCCUGGGUGCUGUUGAAUGCCGGGGCAAGGCCAAACGAACAGGACGCCAACGGCAAGUCAGCACUCUUUUAUGCUAUUGAGAGGCAAGAUAACGAUCUCAUAUGGCUCUUAAUCAAUAGAGGUGCUUCCGUCACAGCUCCGAGCCUUGCCAAGAAAACCGGCGGCAAGAAUACGGGCAUGUAUAUGCAGACCCCCCUCGAACAGGCACUAAGACGAAAGAAUCAUUCUGUGGCAUGGCUGCUUUGUACGCACGGAGCCUCCCCAGACGCUGUUAUUGACGGGACGGGUAGAACGUUGCUACAUUUGGCGACAUACAGCGGGGAUCUUGAAGCUGUUCAUCUUCUUAUCCAGCGUGGCGCUAGCACUAUUGUCCAAGGGGAGGGUGGGCUAACACCGUUACAUCAUGCCGUCCUGCUGGAAAGGGAAGACAUUGUGACCCUACUGACCUCCCACAUUGCAGGAGCGUCAUACUUGGAUGUCACCGAUGUUUAUGGCAAUACGGCCCUUUCUCUGGCCAUACAGAAACAGAAUCCAACCAUAACAGGGAUCCUCGUCCGUCGCGGAGCCUCCUGCAAAGCAGCUGGCUCGAAAGGCCUGACACCAGUACAUCACGCCGCCCGUCUGGGUUUCAAAACAGGACUCCGCUUGUUGUUAGAUGGCGGAGGUGAUCCAAAUUCGGCUGAUGACAAUUCUUUCACGCCAGCCCACCACGCUGUUAACGGCUCCUCCGACCCGGGCUUGGUAAAGAUGUUGGCAGAAAACGACGCUAAUCUGAACGUGGGAGAUAGGAGUGGGAGGACACCACUAAUGCUUGCAGCUCAGCUCGGUAAACAUGAGCUGAUAGUUUGUCUCCUUGACGUUGGAGCUAAUGUUAGGGUCGAGGAUGCAGGCGGAUAUACGGCAUAUCACUAUGGAGAGAAUUAUCCUGACAUCCAAGAGCUACUCAGAGCACGUGGAUGAAGAUACAUCUAAACAGGGUCUUGGUAAACCGAUUUGGCGGAAGUAGCAUGGACCAGGGAGGUAAUAUAAUGUACAUACAUACACACGGGAUGCUCUGCAUGCUUAGUCUGGCAAGGUCGACUGCAAU